AGGCAAGCGGUUGAAAAAAUCAAUAGUCUCAGUAUCGCCUUUUCUUUUACUGUGGUUGGAAGGUAUAAAAUGAAUAAGAAUACAGUUAUGUCGUCUGGAGUGAUAACAAAGACAGAUGCUGAACGAGAACGACACACAGAACUUGGAGCAAACAAAGGUUCUGGAGUAGAUGACGAUCAGACUCAACAAAUUGGAACGCCAUUGCUACAAGAUACUAGUACAAUAGCAUUCUUGUGGUUGGUGGUUUUCAGUAUUCUGAUGUUCACCUUCCCAUUUAUGACAUUCUAUGGUGUCCGUUCAUGGCUUCGAGAAUCAUUUGAUGUCACAGAUUUUUACGUGAAUUGCUGGUCUGUGCUAUCCUCAGUAUUUGUUGUGAAUGUUAUUAUCUGUUUAUACGUUUUCAAAGCAAUACUUGAGGAGAAAAAUAGCGAUCCAGUUACGGAAAGAAACGAUAAGAAAGAUGAUUGAUUAGCUGCAAUACUGUUUGUAAUAUAGCACGUUUACUUUUGCCUAAUUUCAAAACGUUUCUUUAUUGAUUAAUAAAAAAAUAUCGAAUGUGAAUGUUAUAAUAA